AAACCACUUAUUUAUGUAGAUUUAUAGGUUAUAGGUUAAUAGAAUCUCGGAGAAAUAAUAGAAUAAAAAAAUGAACGGGUGAUAAAGCAUAGAUAUAAUAUUUGACUUUGCCCCUUGAUUAGAAAACAAAGAAACCUACCUUGAGUUAGGGUUUCUAUGAUAGAAAAUUAAAACUCGUUUCCAGUAAUGCAUUGUCUGGCUGCAUUUAAGAAAACACCCAGCAAAAUAUUGGCUAGAAUGAUGAAUACUGUAAAUUCUAUGAAACCACCUGUAGUGGUAGAACAAUUAGGUGCCGUUACAACGAUCGGAAUCAAUCGGCCCGAGAAACGCAAUUGUGUUAACGUACAAACAGCUCAAUUACUAAAGGAUGCUAUCGUCAAUUUUGAAAAUGAUAAGGAAUCCUUGGUCGCAGUUCUGUACGGUGUGGGUGGAAAUUUUUGUGCCGGUUAUGAUCUUGCAGAGCUUGCCGGCGGCGGAUCAUCUUGCUUCACACACACUGACUCAAAGGAAUCCGGUUACAUGGGACCAACUCAUAGAUUUGUUAAGAAGCCGUUAAUAGCCGCAGUUAGCGGAUAUGCAGUUGCAGGAGGCAUGGAAUUGGCCCUUAUGUGCGAUUUAAGAGUUAUAGAAGAAACUGCAAUUAUGGGCGUUUACUGUAGACGAUUUGGUGUUCCUCUCAUAGAUGGUGGAACUGUUCGUCUAACUGCAAUGGUGGGACUGUCCAGAGCAUUGGACUUAAUAUUAACUGGGCGGUCUAUAGAAGCAAAAGAAGCUUUCGAUUGGGGUUUAGCUAAUCGAAUAGUUGCAUGUGGAACAAGUCUUGGACAAGCAGUAAAUUUGGCAGUUUCCCUCACGAAAUUUCCUCAAGCCUGCCUGCUGGCCGAUAGAAAAUCUACCUAUAAUGCCACCUUUUGUUCCGUGUUAGAUCAGCUCAUAGAAUACGAAUCAGAACACUCAUUUCCAGUUAUACAGAAAGAAUCCGUUCAAGGUGCAACAAAGUUUGUUAGGGGCAUUGGUAGGCAUGGAAAAACCUACAAUCUAACUGAAAAGGAUUUACCAUCAUGGGAAAUUGAAGAAAACAUAAAACACAAGUUAUAGAAUUAUCAAAUGUUUAUUAAAUUUAUUGUUUAGAUUA